AUGGAUUUGCUAAGCAAUCCCAAGUUCAUGAUAACCCUCAGCUACGGAUCGAUCUCAAUGAUGUUGUAUGCGAUCGUCUCGAUCGUUAUUUUCAACGAGCACCGCCAAUUCAAUGGAUCGUUUUUUCGGAUGUUCGUUGCCGGUUCUUUCAUGAAUCUGUGGACAUAUCUCAAUUCGUUCGUCACAAUCCGCAUUCCGCAACACACCAACUACAACGGAACAUUCGCUCCGAUCUACCUCAAACUCAAUCAACACAACACGACUCCGUGCAGUUUCUUGAGCUUCUGCCAUAUGAUGCAUUUCCAAUUCGCUUAUACCCAAUAUAUGUAUAAUUUCAUAACAUGCCUUAAUCGCGUCUCAGCAAUACUGUUUCCAAUGAGAAGUGAACAGUUCUGGCAAAAAUAUAUCUGGGCGAUUUUGUCGUUUGUAUUCAUCGGACCAUUCAUAUUCACAUAUCAUCUAUAUUUCAAUACCUCAUAUUUCGAGUAUAACGGAACAUUCUUUGUAACCCUUUCGACAUAUGUAGUCCUUUUUGGGGUUAUACCGAAUAUUCAUUGUGACGGCAAUGCGAGGCCUCUUGAACUUCAUCUAUUCUUCAUGUCCUUCUGUGUCUUUAUUAUCGAUAUGUUUCUAUCAACUUUGACGAUUGCUAAUUAUGUUUGCUCAAAUGUGCCAGAGAUCAAAGAAACCUUAGGAGAAGACACUUACAACGCAUUGGUUACUAUCGUAUUAGUGUUGACCCCAUUCGCGAGUGAUAUGCUCACUUUGUCGCACCCUUGGCUCAUUCUAAUAUUUAGUCGAGGAAUACGCGAGAGGUUCCAUAUUCGACUACUCCGAUUCCCACUCUAUAAAUGUCUGAAUAAGCAGUUGACUGCCGCCAGCACUGGUCGUUCGACCCCACUGCCUACGGUUGGAAGUGUCGGCUUUCUCAAUCGUCAUUCUUCUAGAAUCGCAAAUGUGAAUUGA